AUGGAUAUCGUAACAGCACCAAUGGCCCAUCUACGGGCAUACUGCAACAAACUCACACCGUUCCAGGUGGCAUACCUAGCCUUUGCCCUUGCUAUAGCUGCCUUGAACAUGAUCCUCAUCUCGCUACGCAAGCUGAUAUCACGGCGAAAUACGCCCACGCAAGAGGAGGUUCUGCGCCGACUUCGUGCAGAGAAUCUCAUCGAACUUCCCGAAGACACAAGCAUUCAAGUUACCUUUGAGUCAAAUCAGGGGGACCACACCCACCGUGAUUCGCCCAAGUUGUUCACUAUAGCUAUGUCUUUUGCCAUCGGCACACUCCUUACAACGAGGGUCAUGUUGUAUGUGCGCCCGGAAUGGCACCAAGCACCACCUCCGUACUUCGACUUCAUAACGCUCCUUGGAUUUUCCGUUGGACACCUUGCGGCUUUUGUACAGAUCACCAUCGACUGUUUGAGUCUUAUCGACAGCAUUCUCUUCGAAGCGUCAUGUCUUCUUGUCAACUGGUACCGUCGAUCUGGACCUUCUGACUCCCACACGGACGAGCACGCUGAGCAUAUCGAUAGCGACGAGACAUUGGAGGCUGAAAGCCAGGAUGAGCCAGACUAG